AUGCAUGCAAAAGAUUGGUUUUUAGUCGUUAUUGCAAUUUUAUUGCCACCUGUUCCUGUCUUUAUUAAAAGAGGGUUCUUUUCAGCUGAUUUUUGGAUUAAUAUCUUAUUGUUAAUCCUUGGGUUCAUUCCUGGUUUAUUACAUGCUCUCUAUAUCAUUAGUCAAUACCCAUAUGAAGAACAUUCAAGUUAUGAUGGUCCAACUUAUCCUGGGGCAAAUAAUGGAGGUAACUAUGGUUCUAUUUGA